UUCAGCGUUACCAGCUCGGGCACAAAUAAUUGCGGCAGUGGUACGAACGAACAAAAAAAAAAGUGAGCGAUUCACUUUCCCUUACCGUUCACGUGCAGGAGAGUGAAAAAUAUAUUUAAACAAGAUCGCUUCGGCCAGCGACAGCAACAAAAGGCCGAUCCAUUCAACCGGUUCUGGUUGGCCGGUAUGUGGGGGUUUGAAUAAAAUGUUCCCGCCAUAAAAAGGACGCCUAGAAAGUGUACCGGGACUCGGUGUUGGAAGUUGGCAACGAGAGAAUAGUAAAAAAAAACCGUACGGGGAUAAAACCGAAGGACAUCCGAUGGUGCAACCGGCCGAUAGGUGGAUCAGUUGAAGCCGUUUCCCAGCGGGAACUGAGGUGAUCGUGUUCGGGUUGCAGGUUUGCUUCGUGGUUAGUUCAGAUUGCGGGUUCGUCCUUGUUCGCUGGGACCACCACUCUUCCACGGGUCCAUCACCACUGCGGACUACACGAGUGGAUCUACUUGUGUUCCCGCGGACGUUCUAGUCGUGCCCGGUUCCAUCCCGUGACGGGAAUUGUGAAUCGAAAGCGAAAACCAAAGGGAGCUGUAAAGGCAGGAGAAAUAAAAACGGAAUAAAAAAAAAACACACACACACACACACAGCAUCCUCUAGAAACAAUAGUGCCCUAGCAGGACACACGCUGGCAGUUCGGACGCCGGUUUUCGGACAUGCAGGAAGUGGAAUAUUUUAACGACACCCCCAUCGGAACCGGACCAACUCUGGUCACCCCCGUGGAGAGAAUGGAGCGAAAGCAUCUCCGGAAGUGCAGCUACGAGCUGCCGGCAGUGGCCACGCCACGGCACCACCGCGGCUAUAACAAAUGCGAUGAAAAUGUAAAUUACACCGCGGAUCCACUGCUGCUCACUUCAUCCGACGAGGACAGCAGCGGGUCGCCGACGGGCGAGAUGAAUAAUUGCAUCAAGUUCAUGGAGAAACCGACGCUGAUCAAGCGACUCGCGCUCGGGUUUCUGCGUAGCACCGAGGAAAGCCUGCCGCUGAUGUGCCAUAAAUCAUCGCCAACCUCGCCACAGAAGAAGCUGAGCGACAUCCUGUCCGAGGACAUCUACACGCUGGACCAGAUCGUGUCGAGCAAGUUCGGCGAUUCGUGCAAGCAGUCGUUCGGUGGUUCAGCGCGCCUGUUGCCAGGCCCCACGGUGCCAGCCAGCGGGAUCGCACCACCCGGCAUGGCCGUGGCUGAGGGCUUUGAGUACGAGUUCAAGCGGAACCUGAUCCGGCAGACAAACAGUGCCAGCUCGAGCCCGAAGCGUUUCCCAACCGUCACGCCACCCAAGCACGCCGACAGCCUGAAUAGUGUCCACCUGGGCGAGGAUAUCGACGAGCUGGAUCGAGCGUCCUGGUUCCAGGCUGGGUUGCCCCGGGAGCUGUCCCUCGAGGUGCUGACCCAGCAGAGUCCGGGUGCGUUUCUGGUACGCAGGAGCGCCACCAAACAUGGUUGUUUCGCGCUCUCGCUACGCGUACCACCCGGCCCCGGCCCGAAGGUGGUGCACUAUUUAAUUAUGAAAACCGAGCGUGGAUAUAAAAUUAAGGGCUUCACGAAGGAAUUCUCCUCACUGCGGGCCCUGAUAACGCACCACUCGGUGAUGCCGGAGAUGCUUCCGGUUCCGCUGUCACUACCACGGCCACAAAACAUCCCGGUGAAGUGCAAGCGCACGGACGACUACGACACCUACAGCGCGCUGAACGAAUUCUCCAAGCUGUUCUCCGACCUCGACAUCUGCUCGUAGUCGAGCGGUGUAACUCGCCCGCGGCGUCCUGGCUCGUGAGUGGUUCGAUAAAAUGCUCCCAUGCUACCCGUGGGCGCAUGGCGCAUGGGAAAGUUUUCGGUACCACCCGGGUUUCCCCGUAGACCUGGAGACGACCGCUGCCAGUGACAUAUGGAAGUUUGCCAGCCGCCUGUACCACGGGUUGCCUGCCGGUGAAAGCCGCACCCGUGCGAGGCGGCUUCCUGAUGAGUUUGUAAAUAGCGUGUCAAAUAGCUCGUGUAAAUAGUGCCCGAGCAGGCGCGGGAUGUGCGCCGGAAUGUACAGGAAAAGCCGGCCUACGGAGGCCGACUCUCGAAGCCGGUCGCAACAAAAUAACAAUCAAAAUGAACUGAAGCAUUCCCCAGCCCAUGCGUGAAUCGGGCUGGCCGGUGGCUUUACAGUGGGCACGGUAAAGAGCGAAUCCUCCUGUCGGCAGUAGCUGUUUUUGAUAUUGUGAUAUAGCGAACCGAACGUUACCGCGGGCGCUGUGGGUGUUGUGCGCAUUUUGCGCGCCUCCAUGGCCAGUGGAACGGCCCCGUGGAAUUGGUAGUCGGCGUCGUCGUCGUCGUCGCUUAGAUUGAGCACUGAUUUAUGCGGCGUCCGAGCGACUGUGGGGUCCUUAGAAUAUACCCGUACGUAUACCCCCGUCAAGUAUACACGUAAGUGGAUAAAAUAUAUGUGUUCCAACCCAUUGGCGUA